CCAACUUUAUUCUACCUUCAUCUCUAUCGCGCUCCCUUCCCAAAUUGCUUCAAUUUCAUCAAAGUUAGGGUUUAAUUCUGACAUGUCAAUCGACGGUGGAAGAUUUUAUUGGGACCGAAAUGAUAGGAAUUCGGAAGAAAAGGUCAAAGGAAUUGUGAUUAUCUUCGCUUGGGUUUCGAUUCAGGAAGCUGAAUUGAAGAAUUAUGUUGAUCUUUAUGCCUCCCUUGGUUGGACCUCCCUUGUCUGCCUUGCUGAUUUCACCACCCUAUUCAUAACUGAGAAGGCUACAUCACUGGCAUAUUCUCUUUUUAGAGAGCUCGUAAAGGAACUAAGACGUCGGCCUCGUCCAGUAGUUGUUGCAGCUAUGUCUGGUGGUUCUAAGGCCUGCAUGUAUAAGUUUUUUCAGAUUGUUAAAGGGAGAUGUGAAGCUCACGUUAAUCUGGAGGAGAGCCAACUGGCUGUUAACUGCAUCUCAGGUCAAAUUUAUGAUUCUGGUCCUGUAGAUUUUACUGCGGACUUUGGAACACAAUUUGCUGUGCCUCCCACAUUUCUGAAGAUCCCUGGCUCCACAAAGGUGCUUUCUUUCGUUGGGAAAGGGUUUACUUCUGGACUAGAUGCCUUGUUCCUUACUAGGUUUGGAUCCCAGCGUUCUGAGUAUUGGCGAACUCUUUACUCCUCAGUUAGUUUUGGGGCUCCCUCUCUCAUUUUGUGCUCCGAGAAUGAUGAUAUUGCUCCAUAUCAAUCUGUAUUUAAAUUUGCUCACUGCUUGCAAGACAUGGGGGCGGAUGUCAAAAUAAUAAAGUGGAAGAGUUCCUGUCACUUAGGUCUCUACAAGAGUGAUCCAAUCCGGUAUGGGGCUGCUAUAGAUCAACUGCUUGCUCAUGCAGUUUCAGUUUUCACUUGCAGAAUUAAGAAACUAGGAGAGAGAAAUGGCUUGGAUGAUAUGCAUGAUGAGAUAUCUCACUUGAUAUGUGACCUCCAAAAUGCAGCAGCUGACUCAAACGGAAGUUUUAGAAGAGUUGCAGGGGGGCCAAACGAUCACUUUUUCUUGCCAAGUUCAUCUGAGCAUCAAAAUAGUAGUGAUUCUGGCUCUUCCCCGGAGGAAAGAAAAGAUCUGCCUAUUUGUCCAAAUCCCAGUUUAAGUGCACACACUUUGCUUGGCCAAAUCCUUUUUGAUGCUUGUGUUCCUAAGAACAUUGAAGGUUGGGAUGUUAAGUUUUCUACUUCCUCGAAAGGCCAACCAACUUCCUCAGCACGUAAGCAUUCACCAUUAAAUGCCGGGAGAUUCUUCCGCCGUUCACGGUUAUGAGACCGUUUCAUGUGGAACUCGAUUUGGCUUUUGGCAUUAGUUGGAGAUUACUGAUUAGAUUAACAUCAGCAUUAACCUCUACGAUCUAAAGUGUUUAAGACAAAUAUUGGAGGUCACUUUUCCAGGUGCAACUAACAGGUUCUGAUUUGGUGAGCUACUAGCAGUAGCAGAAGUGUACGGGUUGAAUGAGUAACACAUCUCCUAUCUCAAUCAGAUGGGAAGACACGAUGUGGUGUGUAUGGGGGCUGUUAAUAUAUGUGGUUUGGAAAGCAACUUAUACCAUUUGAUUGGUGUGGAAAGCUUUAGCCUUCAAGCCACUUGGGACUUGCUUCUGGGGAUAUGCUGAUAGGAACUUUGUGGGAGCCUAUAGCAAGUGGUGAUUUUGUAUAUAUUGUACAGUAACAUGUACAUAAGGCACUUUGACUUGCUUCUGGGGAUAUGUUGGUACAGUAUGGGAGCCUAUAGCAAGUGGUGAUUGUUUUUGUAUUGUACAGUAACAUGUACAUAAGGUAUCUAUACUGGAGAUUCGUUAGCAUAUAAUAUAAAUCUUGUAGAACUUUGCUGUAUAAUUAUGAAACUGGGUCAGCUAUGUGCUCUGGCAGUGUAUGUCUCGAAUUUUGGCAAUUUUCUCGAGCUCUACUACUGGUCAGAGAAGCAUUCCCGUUUUUUUAAUUUGUUGAUGCUUCUGGAAGGCGCAAAAUGCAAUGCCAAUCAAUUAUGCUGUAA